AAACUGGUUCUCUGCAGCAAGUGCUAUUAACCUCUGAGGCAUCUCUUCCAGCCCCAGGUACUAGAACAUGUGCAUACCUCUGUGUAUGUGUGUGUGUGUGUGUGUGUGUGUCUGUGUGUGUGUGUACUAUUAAUUGUUUUUGAGACCACAUCUUAUUAUGUAGCUGGCUAGGAAUUUGCCACAUGGACCAGGCUGUCCUCAGACUCAUGGAAAUCCCCCUGCCUCCCAAGUGCUGGGAUUAUAGGUGUGAGCCACCAUAUCAAGCUGGACCAGCUUGUGCACAUUCUGAAGGGAUCAAAUAGAACUUGCCUGUUCUCAAGUUCAAUUACUGUAAUGGAGGUCCUUGGUCCACCUGGCCUCCCUAAGAAUGGGUGGGUGAUGUUAUUGUCACUUUACAGAUGAGAAGAGGGACUUGCCCAAAGUCACAGGAUAAGAGUGACAGAGAAGGACCCAGACCAGCUGCCUGUGUAGCAAACCCUGAGUCUCUCUGUGCAUUCAACACAUCCUUGCCCUGGAAACUGGCCUUCUGGAAGACCACCAUGUGGCCUCCAGAGGGCAUUUCUAUCUGCGUGUGGACCGGAACUGGGUUUCCCGUUGCUCUGUGCUUCCUGUUGUUGUCUUGUUAGGAUGUCCAUCAAAUGCAUGCAUUUCCUGCCCUUGCUCUGAAUAGUAACAGUGGUCUGCGACCACACUGUGCCAGAGUGAGGCACAGACACCAGCCGCAGCCACGCCAGCAACCAUCAUCUGUGCUCACUCUGAAUGGGCCAAGGCUUCUGCGCCAGACUCUGUAGAAGCCAAAGCCUGUCCAUGGAGGGAUGCUGGGGACUGGAGGUGACCAAUGGCUCAAAGAGCGGCUUGGAGUUCAACCCGAUGAAGGACUACAUGAUCCUGAGCGAUGCCCAGAAGAUCGCUGUGGCGGUGCUGUGUACCCUGCUGGGCCUGCUAAGUGCCCUGGAGAACGUGGCAGUGCUGUAUCUUAUCCUGGCCUCCCAGCGGCUCCGGAGGAAGCCCUCGUACCUGUUCAUCAGCAGCUUGGCGGCAGCCGACUUCCUGGCCAGUGUGAUCUUUGCCUGCAACUUCGUCAUUUUCCACGUCUUCCACGGCGUUGACUCCAAGGCCGUCUUCCUGUUGAAGAUUGGCAGCGUGACCGUGACCUUCACAGCCUCUGUGGGCAGCCUGCUGCUGACUGCUGUGGAUAGAUAUCUAUGUCUGUGCUACCCACCCGCGUACAAAGCUCUAGUGACCCGUGGGAGGGCACUGGUGGCCCUUUGUGUCAUGUGGGUCCUCUCGGCGUUGAUCUCCUACCUGCCACUCAUGGGAUGGACCUGUUGCCCUAGUCCUUGCUCUGAGCUUUUCCCUCUCAUCCCCAAUGACUAUCUCCUGGGCUGGCUCCUGUUCAUUACCAUCCUCUUCGUCGGCAUCAUCUACACCUAUGGCUAUGUUCUCUGGAAAGCCCACCAGCACGUAGCCAGCUUGGCAGAGCAUCAGGACAGGCAGGUGCCUGGGAUAGCUCGGAUGCGGCUAGAUGUGAGGUUGGCCAAGACCCUGGGGCUGGUACUGGCUGUUCUGCUCCUAUGCUGGUUCCCUGCACUGGCUCUCAUGGGCCAUAGCCUGGUCACCACGCUGAGUGACCAGGUCAAGGAGGCCUUUGCCUUCUGUUCCAUGCUGUGCCUGGUUAACUCUAUGGUCAACCCUAUCAUUUAUGCCCUGCGGAGUGGAGAGAUCCGCUCUGCUGCCCAGCACUGCCUGGUAGGCUGGAAGAAGUAUCUACCGGGCCUCGGGACUGAGGGAAAAGAAGAAGUGCCCAAGUCCUCAGUUACAGAGACAGAGGCUGAUGUGAAAACCACCGCGGUGCCUGGUUCCAGAAGUCCGGGCUGCUCCAAUUGCUGACGGCACCAUUUUUCCUAUUGGAAACAGCCUGAGUGAGAAAUCAGCUCACUCCCUCAAGGAGAGGGGCAUCCCAGAUCCUGAAUCUUUCUGGAAUCAGCUCUAGGGGACUGGACACAGACCCCUUUGCUUGACUUCAUGGCUGGAGGUCAGGUCUACCUGCACAGACCAUGGCAGGCUCUCUUCACAUCAAGUCAGGAGGGACCAAGAAGCCAGAGGGGCCUCCAGGAACCGUAAUAAAGGAUUCAGAGGCUAUCUGAGAAGAUGAAGGACCUGUUCUCCUGGGAUCGCAGAGUACCCUGGCCAUUGUGGUCACUGCCCACAAAUUCAUCAGUGUCCACGUCUUCUAUGGUGUGGAUUCCAGGCUGUCCUGCUGGAGACUGGCAAUGAGAACAGCGAGUUCUGGUUCCUGCUUCAUUGUUUGGGACUCUGUAAAGCUCUGUGAGGGUCCGCCUUCAGGUCACCCUUGCCUCUUGAAGAUCAAGAAAUACGGUGUACUGAGGAUCAAGGAUGUUGACUCAAACAAUCACAGGCUGUCAGCUCAGCCUUGCCCAACAAGACACCUCCUGAUAGCCUGAUAAGCCUUGAAGUCAUUUCAACUUUAGGUCCUUGGGGACCCAGAGGAGGCUGGGUUCACUGGAGGUACAGAAUCUUCAGGGAACUGCAUUGACCUUGUGACAUUCUGCUGUGUGUAGUGUAGCAGUAUCCCAGGCUAGCCCAGCUCCAGUAAAAUGCAAGAUAUUCACAAAGAUUCUCUGGGUCCUGGAUUGCUCCCAGUGAUGCUCAACUUAGCCUCCUUGCCUCUGCCACACUCUGGUCCUGCAGGUAGAGGGAGCUGGGGAGGGGAGACUUCCUGCAGUGGUCCAGGCCCAGGCUGACAUCCUCUAUCCGCAGCUCCAUGCUGUGUCCCCAGGUACCUGAAUUUUACCUUCACCAAGGGGCAUCCCCAACAGAGGGAGAUUCAAGACACUGCUGGAGGCAGGAGGGGUAGCCUGGGGACCACAGCACCGUGAAGGGAAAGCUAUCCAUUAAAUGUCAUUGAACACUUACAGA